AUGGAGCCUUCAUAUAAAAAGGCAUCAUUCUCAAAAUCCCGAACAGCCUCCGCCACAUUCCCACCCACCCAAACCUCCAACCGGGGCCCGAGCCAGAACCAGCAAGCCAGCGACCUUCAGGCCAAAUCAGAUGACUUCUCCAGAUUCAGUAGCCAAGGAAGUCGCCAAACAGACCGAAAAAAGUCUCAUCGCUCGCACCGCCAUGGCUCCGAUGACCGCCAAAUCUCCCCAAAAGGAGAGCAUCGAACUGGCUCAUCCCCUCAGCAACAAGAGCCAUCCACCUUCGAUGGCUUGAGGUCCAGCCGCAACAAAUAUCACAAGUCGCGGGAGUCGCGCUUCCCUAAUCCCAUGAUCCACCUGGCUUCCUCCGCGAGCGCGAGGGGAUUGCUCCAUACUUGGUCGGGCGGGAAGGAUAAGGAUCGCGAGGGCGAUGAUGGGUUGUUGAGGCCGGUUACGAGGGAGACGACCCGGAGUCGAUGGGGAUCUGAGUCGACUACUGGUAUGUCAGAUGGUCGGAAGGGGAGUCUGCUCGAUACACCUGGACAGCAUGAGCAAUUAAUGCCUUUCCGCCGGCACGAGAUUCUGUCUAUGGAUGACCUGGAGAAGGUUAAGAAGCGGAGAAAGCUAGGCGAGGAGUAUCUACGGUCUGCAUUGACUUCAAUUGGGACGUUAGCGACAGACGUCACCCGUCGGCUAGACUACACCUAUUACAAUCUGCUCGAGAAAAUCACAGCGCUCAACUCGACUAUCUCGUCGUUCCAGGAACUCUCCGACUCAGCAUCAACAUUCCUCAGUGACUUCGAACGUGAAACAGUCGAAUUAGACCAGGAUAUCCGCAAACAGCUCAAUGACCUAAAAGGCUUCGAGCCACAGGUCCGCAAGGCUGACGCGUUAGAGCAACGCAUGAAAGUAGGCCGACAGCGCGUCGAAGAACUAGGCAAACGACUCGAGACCGUACGACACGAGAUCGAUAGCUGGGAACAGCGAGAAACAGAAUGGCAAACCCGGACUAGCCGUCGACUACGUAUCUUCUGGGGCAUUGUUACAAGUGCGCUGUUGGUGCUUGUCCUUGCUCUGGUCCUCCAGAACUGGCCACAAUUCUGGUCUUCCCACGGUGAGGCGUCACGUUUGACAACGUCAAACCACUCUUUGCCCUCUGUGCCACCUCAGUCCGAGGUGUGGGAUCACGUUUUCGGUCUCGGGGAAAGAGGUUUAGAGUCUGAUGCAGGGCUUGCUCGAUAUCCGUCCAACCUUGCAAAUCGUCGCGAGAGCCUGGACAAGGCUGGUCCGACUUCGACGAUCCGAUCAGGGCAUGAUGCAGCAGCUGCGGAACGCGAUGCUAUGAGUGCGCUGGAUGAAUUAUGA